UGGCUGCUAGGCGACGGGCGGCCGCACCAGACGCGGGGAGAGCGAGGGGGUGUGUGGGGGGGCGGGGCCAUCGCUCUCCCCCCUCCCUCCGCCUCGUCCUCCGGCCCACCUCGCAGGGGCGCUGUGCGGGAAGGAGGGCGCGCAGUCGUUCUGCCCGGCUGGCCCUGGAAGACCCCAACCCCCCCCCAGCGCCUCACCCCCCCCCCGCUCGCAGCAGGGCCCGCCGGGAUGAGCGCCAGGAAGGCCGGCAGGGGGGCCGCCGCCGCCGCCGCCGCCGCGCGGAAGGGAGCCCAGCCCAAGCAGGCGCCGCCGCCGAAGAAGCAGCAGCCGCCCCCGCCCCCCCGCGCAGCAGCAGCAGCAGCAGCAGCAGCAGCGCCGCCGGGGCCAGACCGUCAAAUUGAGGAAACAGAUGCAGCCAAAGCAAGCAAGGGCUCCCAGCUCGGAGAAGAGUCCGGCAGCUGUCCAACAGAGCCGAGCCGGGAAGCCACGGCUGCGCUCACCCUGCAGUGCGCCUUCCGCCGCGUCUUGGCGUGCCGAGAGAGAGAGAGGCGCCUGAAGGAGCUGCGUGAAUACAACGAGUUGAUGGAGCGUCUCCAGAGAGAGGCCUUUGUUGCACUGGUGAAGCGGGAGCAGGAGGAGGCUGAGCGGGAGCGAAAGAAAGAGGAGGAAGAGAAGGAGAAGAAGCGAGAGGAGCAGCAGAGGAGGAAGCGGAUGCUGGAGGCCGCCUUCGAUGGAGAUGUGCGAGAGAUGGAGGCCAUCCUGAAAGAGGUGGCAGAGCUGGACACCAAGGACGGCGUGGGGAUGGAUGAGAAGGGGAAGGCCAUCCGGCUCCGGCAUCGCCUUGAUAUGGUGGACUGCACCGAUGCCAAUGGCAACACCCCCCUCUCCGAGGCUGCUGGAGGGGGCCACCCUGAAGCCAUCUGCAUGCUGGUAGAAAACGGGGCCCAGCUGAAUAGCCGGGGUGCUUUUAACCGGACUCCUCUGUAUCGUGCUGCAUUCGGGGGCCACUUGGCAGCAGUGGAACUGCUUCUCCAACAUGGGGCAGACCCACGGCUCUAUGCCGACGAUGGCAAUACCGCUGAGCAGGUCGCUUCGCUGGACAGCUUGGUGGCUGUCCUGCAGUCCUGGGAUCUCCGCCUGACCGACUCGAUGCUUCAGAAGAUGGAGGCAGAGCGGCAGCGGAGGGCCCAGCUGGAAAAGAAGCAGCAGGAAGCAGAGACGCGCCGGAUGACUGAGGAGGUGGAGCAGCUGGCCAAGGAGCAGGAGCGAUGCAGCAAGGAGCUGCAGCGGGCCUACGGGGAGCUGCACCGGCGCAUCACGGAGCACGACAAGUGCCAGCGGAAGCAGAUGGCCCACGCGGAGAUCACCCUCCCUGCCAUUGCUGAUGCCGAGGGGCUUGUGGAAAAACUGCGGGGAGCCGCCGAGAGUGCCGAGCGCGCCCUGGCCCUGGCCCGCCUCCAGCUGCGGGACCAGCUGCAGCAAGGCUCAGAGCUGGCGUUCCAAGGCUUGACGUGCUCCGUGCAGGAGCUGGAUGAUGUGCUUCUGAAAGAUGUGGGCGGCCGAAUCCAGGCUGAUGGGCGGUGGCCGCUGGUGGUUGACCCCUCUGGCCAGACAGCCAUUUUCCUACGCUAUCGGGACACCAAUUACCUGAACACGGUCGAUCCCAGCGACAUGGCUGUGGAAACCAUACGCCUGGCACUGCUGGGGGCCCUCCGGUAUGGAAAGCCGCUGGUCUUUGACAUGAUGGAAGUGAACAUGUUCGACACGGUGCAGAAGCAGCUGGAGCGGCUGGAGCCAGGCCUGGCGGAGGCCCUGCUGAGCAGGAAGAUCCUGCAGAGCGGAAGGUACCUCUCCCUGCUGAGGCCGACUGAUGGGGCGGAAUAUGCAGCCACGGAGUUCCAAGCCGCUCGGACGGAGAAGUUCAAACUCCUCGUCCUCACCAAGCGCCGCCACCCGCCUGAGGAACUCCUGCAGCGCUUCCUGCCCGUCCAGGUCGUCCUGUCCCAGGGCAGCCGGGAGGCCCCCGCAGCAGCCAGGCCUUGUGUCUCCUUGUGAGUGGCGGCAGGGCCCCCGCAGCACCCGAGGAGCACCUCGCUCGCCCCCCCCCUUUUGCAGGAAGCGAGGCCUCCCUCUGACCAGCCAGGGAGGCAGGACGGCCCCUCCCUGCGCCUGUCUUCGUGCUCCCUCCUCUGCCCCCAAGCCCCUCGCCGGCCCCCCCCAACCCUGGAUGCCAAUAAACCUCUCCUGGAGGCGG